UUCGUUUCUUUCUUUUCUUUCUUUCUCGACCUUCAACAACAUCACAAGAAGCACAUCUUCGGCGCUUCGAGCUCGACUGCUGCUCUUCUUCUUCUCCUGCCUCCUUUGACUCUGCCUAGUGGGUGCCAGAUUCAUUCUUUCGCUGGCUGCCUCACUGUCCGUUCAUUCUCUGCUUGACGCUCGCAAUUUGACCCGCUCUUUACCUUCGCCUUGACGACCUACCGAUCAUUCUAUUCAUUCACGACCAUACAGCAAUACUCUGCCUGGAAAUCACGCCAGUCCUGCCCGAAUACAGACCUUCAUUGACCAGAUAACCGCCGUUCUUUUCAAAAAUAUACUUAGUCUUCCAACCUACUCCACCCGAAAAUACAAGAAAACACCACAAUCGCAAAACAAUAUGGACAACUUGCGCGCCAUUUUCAAGCGCGACGAUGGCAAGGAGAAUAAUGACCUAAGCCCUACCCUCGUUAACCUCCUGAUUGCCCUGCUUGCUAUCAUCCUCUUUACCAUGGCACUGGUCGGUAUCCUGAUGUUCCUCAACCGAAGACGCCGCCUCAUGCAGGAGCGCCGCCAGUCCGAACUCCCACUCUACGACAAAACCACCAGCCGCCGCCGUCUCACCAUCACCGCCACCUCAUACGGUCAGUGCAUGAUUGAUGAGAAAGAAUCCAGCCGACCUUCGAGCCCAGUCCCUGAAAUUCGCAUCACCUUCCCGGAGGAGGAAGAUGCUGCUGGCAAGCGCACCUCUGGCCGGGUUGUGGUCGUCAGAAUAGGUGAAAAGGGCGGCAUCGGUCUCGAACCAUGCAACGAGGACCUGCCACCAUACCAGUCUGACAGCACCGAGCGAUUUCAGUCCCUCGACCUCGAGCGGAUGGGCGGCCUUAAAGAAAAAGGAGAUCUCAAACAGUAUUCAUAGACAAUGAAUGCUUGUUUCCUACUUCAACCCAAAAAUUAUAGAUCUCCUCUUCUUCCACGCGCGGUGAAUCCCCCCAUUUUACGACUACGACGCUUGGGCGUUUAUUCUUUUCGUUUCGAUACCUCUCGGACCUAUGGCUCCUAGCAGUGUGCGUUUUUCCUUUCCCUUUAUACUCAUAUCUUACCCAGCUCGACUAUCCUUUUGGCUCUUCUCCCCUCAAGCCUAGGCAUGCGAGCUUGGGUCUUCCGAUCGUUCUGUUUCUGUAUAUUCCUUGUCAUGACCCACCAUGCCCUGAAACGUUCCUAGGGCGUGAGUAAGUAACCCUGUGGCAUACCUCCUACUGUUUCCUUGUCCCUUAUUGGCUUUCUCCCUCUUAAUUCUUAUUCUCUAUUUCAUUUGGUGUGUAUGAUGAACCCUUCUACUUCUUUGGUCAUGGUGCUGUCGGCAUGUUACCGGACGGCCCCUGCCCCCUCCCCCCCAAAUUGGAUCCCCAUUUUUCUCUGUUUCCUUUUCCUUAUCUCCAAACCAUUUACCUUUCUAUACACAGCACAUGCGUUAAUCGCAAUGUGUGUGUAUUUCGGCUAUACUUCUUAGUAAAUCCAUUAAUUUAUCUAUUUAUUCUGAAUAUAACGCCGGGUCAUUGUAGAGCCACGUGAUAUCAAAUUUGUGCAAAACAUCCCAAACUUGGGGCUACCAAAAAGUGUGGGUUGAUUGAUACCACCCUCUCGUUAGCUCUCUCACGCUGCCUUCAACUCCUACCGCCCGCCAGUAGCCCUAACUAAUCGCGGCUGGUACAC